AACCACUAUCUAUGUCUCUCCUCCGCCGUCAUCACCGUCCUUUCCUCCUUCAUCAUCACUAAGCAGAGAAUCAUUUGUAUCCUUAUCCCUCUUAAUCACGUUCUUUUGUGUUCGUAUUUGCUUUCUAAACACUAAGUCUUUCUUUGUUCUUGAUUUCAGAUUUUGUAUUUUCAGGUUUUGUAAUUUCAAGAGUUCUUUGAGUUAAUGGAAGGUUAGAUCGUUGUUUAUGUUUUAAGAGCUUUAAUCUUUUAUAUACUGUUUUAAUAACUCCAUUUGUUUUAUUUUUAUCGAGAUAUGGAAGAGGCUGUAGAAAUGCAAGGAGCUGGAUAAAUACAAGGAGCUGGAAAUUUGCAUAAUAACAGUAAGUUUAGUUUAUUUUAUGUAUGCUUUGUAUGCCUAUGUCGAUGUAUCAUGUUGAAUAUUUUGUUUGCUACCUUAUUAAAAGUUUAAGGUAAUAGGUCCUUUAAGUCAUUAUUUUUAUCAUAAGUGAAAAUGCAUACAACAAUAAACAAAAUAUAACUAAGUUUACUUAAUUAAACAAUAAAUUUCAGCACAUAAAAGUAUCAUUAGAGAAAGGAAAUGGUCUAGAAACCAUUCUGAUGUUGCUUAGCCACUUGAAUUUGUUCCAUGUUAAAUGGAAAUGGCCUGGAAAAUUGAUUGUAAGUUGUGCUACUAAACUAUGAUAUUAAACUAGUUGUUGUUGUUGAUGUAUCAUGUUGAAUAUUCUAUUUAGUAUCUUGUUGAAUAUUCUGUUUGCUACCUUGUUGAAACUUACUAGAAACAGUUACACAAAAAUAAAGGUUUGCUACCUUCUUGAAACUUAUGUUGAAAUUUAAUUAAACUUAUAUUGAAACUUAAUUAAACAAUAAUUUUCAUCAUAUAAAAGUAUCAUUAGAGAAUGGUACCUUGUUAAAUAUUAUGUUUGCUAAUGUGUGAUAAGAGAAAAAAAUUAAAACUUAAGUCAUAAAUCAUCUAAUUAAUUACAAAAUUCCAAUAUUGCUAACUUGAAUUACAAACUACAAAUCUGAACAUAUUAUGAAAAAUUCAUCAAUUACAAUGGAAUUACAGUUACAAAGUUAGACAAAAAUAAGUGAAUGGAAAAUUCAUCAAUUACAAGAGUUAGACUAUUCAAGAAUACAGUGAUAAAGUCCACAUUAUGAAAACCUAUAAAACACAAACUGGUCAAAUAUUCUAAUGUGAGAAUAUUCAAGAUAGCAAUAUUCCAAUGUAAGAAUUAAAACAUAAGUCAUAAAUCAUCAAAUUGAUCCAAUAUUCCAAUUUUUUUAGAGGUGCAUUAUACACAUGUGAGAUAAGAGAGAAUUAAAACACUCUCAAAAGUGUAGCUAGCUAAUAUACUACAACUACCAAGCAUCUAGACAAACUUUGGAUUUAGAAAUGUAGUAGAAACAACUACAUGAAAAUAAGAGUAUACAUAUGACUACAUAAAAAUAAGAUUAACAAACUUUGAAACUAAGCCUAUAAACACUUAACGAGUUGAUGAUGUUGGUUGUGUGUUGAUUAUAAUCUUCAUUAAUUUUCAGUAAUGGAGAAUAUUACUCAAAACCAACCUUCUUCAUUAACAUCUGGUGUUGGUGCAACUAAUGUUGCUGCCAAUGAAAUUCAUGUUGUUGGACUUCCUCCACUUGGAAAGAAGAGAAAACAAAAUGCUAAUGGUCCUAGGAAAUCCUCUCCUGCUUGGGACCAUUUUAUUAAAUUGCCUAAUGAAAUUGAAGCAGUAGCUGCUUGCAAACACUGUCAUAAGAAAUAUUUGUGUGAUCCAAAAACCCAUGGGACAUCUAACAUGCUUGCUCAUACAAAAGUAUGUACCAAGAUGCCACAAAAUGAUCCUACUCAAACUGCCCUCUCCUUUGCCGGUGGAGAGGGUGGUGGCUUGGUUGCCGCAAGCCAACGAUUUAAUUUGGCAGCUUGUAGGAAGGCUAUUGCUCUCUUUGUGAUCCUAGAUGAACAUGCUUUUAGGGUAGUUGAAGGGGAAGGCUUUAAGUUGUUAUGCAAACAAUUACAACCCCAAUUAACUAUUCCAUCAAGGAGGACUGUGGCGGGGGAUUGUUUUCAACUUUUUGUUGAUGAAAAAGCAAGAUUGAAAGGUUAUUUCAAAUCUGAUUGCAAUAGGGUAGCCUUAACCACUGAUUGUUGGAUAUCCAUUCAGAAUCUUAGUUAUAUGACCUUAACUGCACACUUCAUUAACAAUGAUUGGAAGUAUGAAAAUAGGAUUCUAAGUUUUUGUUUAGUUCUUAAUCAUAAGGGUGAGACAAUUGGUAGAAAAGUUGAAGAGAUUUUAAGGGAAUGGGGAAUAAGGAAUGUGUCCACAAUCACUGUGGACAACGCAACAUCUAAUGAUGUAGUUGUUGCUUAUUUGAAGAAGAUGAUUGAUAAUAUGAGUGGUUUAAUGAGUGAUGGAUCUUUCUUUCAUCUUCGCUGUUGUGCACACAUUUUAAAUCUGGUGGUUCGUGAUGGUUUAAAACAGAAUGAUUUAUCCAUUUCUGCCAUUAGAAAUGCUGUUAGAUUUGUUAGGUCAUCACCCCAAAGAUCUGCAAAGUUCAAAGAAUGUAUUGAGUUUGCUAGAAUUAAUUGUAAGAAACUUCUCUGUCUAGAUGUUCAGACAAGGUGGAACUCAUGUUAUUUGAUGCUAGAUGCUGCUGAAAAGUAUCAAGCAGCAUUUGAGAAAAUGGAAGGUGAAGAUUUUAGCUAUUUGGAAUUUUUUGGAUUAGUUGGCCCCCCUACUCUUAAUGAUUGGGAGAAUGUUAGGUGUCUAGUAAGUUUUUUCAAAAUUUUCUAUGAUGCUACUAUGGAAUUUUCUUCGUCAAAACAAGUAUCCCUUCAUAAGUCAUUCCACCAACUAGCUUCAAUACAUUGUGAGCUUAAAAGAUCAUCCAUGAACUUGAACACAAUUUUAGCCUCAAUGGGAUAUGAAAUGAAGAAGAAGUAUGACAAAUAUUGGGGGGAAAUUGAAAACAUCAACAAGUUUAUUUAUUUUGGUGUGAUUCUUGACCCUAGAUACAAGUUAGGAUAUGUAGAGUGGUGUUUUAAUGAUAUGUAUAAUGGCGAGUCGGUGCCUUUUACUAAUAUGAUUAAUGUGAUAAAAAAGGAGUUGUUUAAACUAUUCAAUUGGUACAAGGGUAUACAUGAAAAGCAACAUGGACCCUCUACUAGUCCUAAUGAGGGUGGUUCAUUUGGUGAUGGUGUUCCUAAUGUUGAAGUUCCAUCUCAUUUUGCAAGGGUUGAAGCUUUUAAAGAGCACCUUAAACAAAAAGAUUCAAUAGAUAAAAAAAUGAUCUUGAGAGGUAUCUAGAUGAUAAUUGUCCCGAUGAUUUUAACUUUGACAUCCUUAUGUGGUGGAAAUAGAACUCUUGUAGAUACCCUAUUUUAUCAAAAAUGGUGAAGGAUGUUUUAGCUAGUCCAGUAUCCACUGUCGCUUCUGAAAGCACGUUUAGUACCGGGGGCAGAGUUCUAGACACAUAUAGAAGUUCACUAACCCCUGAAAUGGCAGAGGCUUUGAUUUGUGCACAGGACUGGUUGAAACCUACACUUAGUCAAUUCAAGGACUUGAAUAUAAAUGAAGAAUUUGAGUUGUCUGCCACUAUUGUUUCAGAAUUUGGUGGUCCCUCUACUAGUGGAUCAACAUCUGGUGAUGGAUCUGAUGCUGUUGGAAACGGAAAUGAACCAGUUGCUGGUUCAUCUCAAUCACAUACUUGAUGAUGUUUGUUUUUUGGAGUCAUCUGUGAAAAUGACCUUAUUUUGGGCUACUGAUUAUUAUGGAUAAUCAACUUAUCUAUCAGCUAAUAUCCUCAACAGUUAUUUUUUUUGUGAUAAUAUAUCAACCAAUAUCCUCACAUGAUAGGUAUUAGCUGUUUCCCAAAAGGAAUCUAUGUGUUGGAUAACUAUCUUUAUAUGUUUUGUUUGAAUGAACUUGU